AUGGCAAUGAAAACCGUGAUGAAUUUACUCUCAUUAGCACUUUAUGACUAUUCAUACAUGGGGGGAAUAUCCUUAAGGCACUUGGAUAUCGGAGGUACCCACCCACUUUGUAUGCCCCAGGAGAGCUUCCCUACUCCAUGGUCGCUCCACGGCCAAUGA